UUGAAAGUAAGAACGGAGAAAAGAAGAAAAAAGACGGACGGGCGAAAUUCAAAGAAUGCCCAUGAUAAUUUUUAACCACUUGCGGGGUGUUGGGUGCCGGAGAAGCCACACCGGGCAUGCCUUGCCUGUCCUUCCUUCCUUGUCCCUGCAACACUCCCACUCACACUGCGUGACUGUUCUUGAAUGUUACAGCCCAAGCUCCUCUUUCGGGCCUCUUCUCGUCCCCCCAGUCUCCGUCUCUCUCGCGCGUGCGCGUGCCCCCUCUUGCUCGCUCUGCUCCCAUCCGCUCUUCUUGUGUGUUUCUUCCCAUUCCUCGGAGGUCAGUACCGAAGCCCAACAUGAAAGUCCGCUGCAACGCCAGGAACUUAUCUCUAUACCUGUUCACUAACACACAAGUUGCCUCUCGGUAGAAGGUACACCAAGCCAAGGCCCACCGCGCACAUUAUAUAUGCGCUGCGUUACGACGAGCGGCCCUAAGCCCCUUCCUAGGACAUUCGCGCCGCCGCCGCCCCCAAUUUUCCCCCUCCCCUCCUUUUCUACUACCCAGUACUAAGGUCUGUAUGCCUACGCCUGAUACAAUCACCGAAUCUCCAGCAACUCCAUCAAUCUACUCCUCCCCGCAAGAAACCCAAUCUGCGUCCUACCACGGCUUUCCACCACUCCCGUUUGCCGACACGCCCAUCGCCUACUCCUCGAGACGAUCCCACAAAAUCGCCUGCCGAAGCCAUCGUGUUUUCCCACUCGCCGCCCCGGCUCGACUCGACGACUGCACCGUUCCAUGCCGCCCUGAAUUGAACCGCAAAUCCAUACGAUACUGGGCAGUAUUCAUUCGCUACAGCCUCCUUUCGCCACAGCAGACCAACUUUUGCAUUCUCGAACCAACCUCUUCAUCCGUCUUGCUCGAUACUUCACCUGCCUCGAACCAGGCAAAACCGAGGGCCGCGACGCGAUACCUUCCCUGAACGGAUCCACUGCUCGCACCGUCCAGGACGACGCCUUGGAAGACCUCAAACUGCAAAUUGCACAGCUGAACCGUCAGACGUACUAGAAGACUUCUAAACCCCACCAGAGACAACCGACCAACCGACCUGGGCCUUGGUUUGACGAGAAAGCCUCUCCGAGACAAAUGCGCUCACCAUGGAGGCCUUUUAUUCCCAGCUCACUCCCCAGGAGCUACAGCGACAGUUGUCGCAACAGUCCCAGCAGCAGCGCCAGCAGCGCCAACAACAGGGUACAGGACAUCCAGGCGGCCAGGCUUACCAGCAGAUGAACCAAGCUCACGGAAUGUCCAUGAUGGGUACCACCGGCGACUCUCGUGGCACCGGCGAUUCCCUCGACGACAUUAUUCGAGACAACCAUCACGAACUUCAACGCCGUCGUAGCAUAAAUCAGCCAUACAUGCCCUCGGGCCAGAACGCCCAGAACGCCGGCCCCGCCAGGAGACUGUCCAUGAUGGAAUUUGGCGCCGACGACAACCAGAUGCUCCACUACCCUUUCCAAAAUCCGGCAAUGAACGGUGAGUUCACCAAUAUGGCUGGCCGGAUGGACAACGGCAUGAACGGGGGCGUGGACAACACCAUGUCGAACAGCAUGGGCGCCAUGGGCAACGGCGGGCCUGGGAAUAUAUCGAUACCGGCCACCAUGGAUGCAUACUCCGCUCACGACGGCCUGCAAAUGUCGCCGACCAACGCCUUCACCACUUUUUCACCUGACAUGAUGAGCUCCAUGAUGCCGCCAAACUACCCCAACAUGUCGGUUCAUUCGAUGCCUACGACAACGAGCAUGAAUAUGUAUGGCCAAACCUCAAUGACCAACGCAUUCCCGAGUCCUCUGAAUACAAACUCCAACGACUUGACUAUGGACUUGGGCGCCGAUGAAACAACAUCUGCAACAGUAUCACAAAGCGCCCUCGACACUCCCCCACUGGACAUGAACAAUGGGGACAGCGACUCUGUGAACAUGGGCCAACAUUAUCAACCAUCGGGAGACCCUUCGUCCCGGGCCAACAGCCAGUCGGUCAGCUUUCGCCCGAACCCCAGCGGACCUUCUCAGGCAACGCCGUCUUCACUGUCACGUGAGAUGUCGAGUAACUCGGGCCAGGCUUCAUCACAAUCCUCCAACAAUCGGUCUUCGUCCAUGCCCACAAGCCAGGUCGCCGCCGCCCCCCUGACCGACGACACCUCGCCGGCUGCGGGACCAGAGACUCCCCGCGCCGAGUCCAAGGAGAAGAACGUCUACUCCAAGAGUGGCUUUGACAUGCUUCGGGCGCUAUGGUACGUGGCGACGAGGAAAGAUCCCGAAAUCCAUCUGGGUGCCGUGGACAUGUCCUGCGCCUUCGUCGUUUGCGACGUCUCAUUGAACGACUGUCCCAUCAUUUAUGUCUCCGACAACUUCCAGAAUUUGACGGGAUACAGCCGUCAUGAGAUUGUCGGGCAAAACUGUCGCUUCCUUCAGGCCCCCGAUGGCAAGGUGGAGGCCGGCUCCAAGCGCGAAUUUGUCGACGACGCGUCCGUCUACAACCUGAAGAAGAAAAUUGCCGAGGGUCGCGAGGUCCAGCAGAGCUUGAUCAACUACCGCAAGGGCGGAAAACCUUUUCUCAACCUUUUGACUAUGAUUCCCAUUCCCUGGGACGACCCAAACGAAGUUCGUUUCUUCGUUGGAUUCCAGAUCGAUCUUGUGGAGUGCCCGGACGCUAUCGCUCAAGGUCAGGAGGCUGGCGGCGUCAAAGUCAACUACAAGCACAGCGAUAUUGGCCAGUAUAUCUGGACGCCUCCGACGGUGAACGCAGUCGAGCCCGAGAAUGGGCAAACCCUCGGCGUCGACGAUGUGUCCACACUGCUGCAACAGUUCAACCCAAAGGGCGUGGUGUCUGAUUGGCACAAACAGUCGUGGGACAAGAUGCUGCUCGAGAACACUGAUGACGUGGUGCACGUCCUGUCACUCAAAGGGCUCUUUUUGUAUCUUUCCCCGUCUUGCAAGAGGGUCCUGGAAUACGACGCCACCGAGUUGGUCGGCAACUCCCUCUCAACCGUUUGCCAUCCCUCUGACAUUGUUCCCGUUACUCGAGAGCUCAAGGACGCCACCGCUGGCAAUUCCGUCAACAUUGUUUUCCGCAUCAGACGCAAACAGAGUGGUUACACGUGGUUCGAAAGCCAUGGCUCGUUGUUCUUUGAACACGGCAAGGGCCGGAAGUGCAUUAUUCUGGUGGGAAGAAAAAGGCCUGUCUUUGCACUGAGCCGGCGAGACUUGGAAGCACACGGAGGCAUCGGCGACAGCGAGUUGUGGACAAAGAUCUCGGUCUCGGGAAUGUUCCUGUUCGUCUCGUCCAAUAUUCGAUCUCUGCUCGAUCUGCAGCCAGAUACCCUCAUCGGCACCAGCAUGCAGGAGCUGAUGCGCAGAGAGAGUCGUGCCGAGUUUGGCCGAGCGAUCGAGAAGGCUAGGCGGGGUAAAAUGGUUACCUGCAAGCACGAGGUUCACAACAGAAGAGGACAAGUCCUUCAAGCACAAACAAUACUGUAUCCCGGAGACGCCGCAGACGGCCAGAAACCGACGUUUUUGCUCGCACAGACCAAGCUCCUCAAGGCUUCAUCGAGGGCCAUCGCACCAGCAGCUACACCGCCUGGCAGCGUUAAAUCCACCUCUCAAGCCAUCCCAAACACCCAGCCCACCCAGAACACUGACUUGACCAAGACGGGCCCGAUGUCAGUACCAGGCGGCAAGGGGAUACCGGGCUCGCAGGAGGCAGCCCUGGCCUCAGACGAUAACAUCUUUGACGAGCUUCGGACGACCAAGUGCUCCAGUUGGCAGUUCGAACUGCGUCAGAUGGAAAAGGUUAACAGGAUUCUGGCCGAAGAACUGGGUGGUUUACUAUCAAACAAGAAAAAGAGAAAGCGGAGAAAGGGAGUUGGCAACGUUGUCCGUGACUGUGCCAACUGCCAUACGCGCAACACACCCGAAUGGCGCAGAGGGCCGAGCGGUCAAAGAGACCUGUGCAACAGCUGCGGCCUACGCUGGGCGAAGCAGGUUGGUCGGGUUUCGCCGCGUAAUUCAUCCCGAGGGGGUGGAAACACCAACAUCGACGGACAAAGCAAAAAAUCGAACUCACCAGUACACUCGUCUCAGCUUCAGAACGAAGUUAAGGCGAGCAGUAGUACGCCGGCUCGACCCAGCGACGGGUCGUCUGGCAACGCAACGCCCGCAACUUCGGUUUCCGUCUCCAAAAGCCACACUAACAUGCCCCCUCCCAGCCAGCCUCUCCUCGAAGGUGGCAGCGGCGGUGGCAUGACGUCCAUACGAGAAUAACCAGAGACUGACCGACUGUUUGUCGACUGAAGCAAGUGUUCUCCAUCACACCAAGACUCGCCUUUCACAUACUCACUUCGAUCGCAUUUAUCCCUCGAGAUACCACUUAUACCUUUGCUUCUUUCGCUUCUUUUCGCGCCAAUGGCGAU